AAGCGUGGGGUUCGUAUUUCACUAGUUUGGUUCUGCAAACUUACGCCACCUGUUUCAGGAAUCUAGAAGAGUAUCCUAUCAAUUUUCAAUCUUUAAUAAUCAAUCGACCCAUCUCAUUUGUGAGAUCUCCACGAUUUUGAAACUUCCACUGUUGCACUUUUUAAAGCCCGUGUCGUCAAACUUUUCUCAUACAUAUAUGACAGCAUCAAUCACGCCAUUCGCCUUUGAUACAUAAAAACUCCAUACAAGUAGAUCGAAUUAAGUAAACAUAUCUGCUGAUUAGUGUUUCUAAGAAGGGUAUCUAUGGAUAAUAAUAUCAGUGUUCAGAUGAAAGUUGAAACCGGGGAUGCAGGUUAUGUGCUUGAAGAUGUGCCUCACUUGAGUGAUUACAUCCCUAAUCUCCCUACCUAUCCCAAUCCAUUGCGAUCCAAUCCUGCAUAUUCGGUUGUGAAACAAUACUUUGUUGAUGCGGAUGAUACUGUGCCCCAAAAGGUUGUUGUCCACAAGGAUGGCCCACGAGGGAUACAUUUUAGGCGUGCUGGACCUCGCCAAAGGGUUUAUUUCACACCAGAUGAGGUGCAUGCUGCUAUUGUAACCUGUGGUGGUUUGUGCCCUGGGCUAAAUACAGUGAUUAGGGAAAUUGUCUGUGCAUUGUAUCACAUGUAUGGUGUCACCAAAGUUCUUGGGAUAGAUGGAGGAUACAGAGGUUUCUACUCAAAGAAUACGAUUACUUUAACACCAAAGGUUGUGGAUGACAUCCAUAAACGAGGUGGCACAAUUAUUGGCACCUCUCGUGGGGGCCACGAUAAACCAAAGAUAGUUGACAGUAUUCAGGAUCGUGGUAUCAAUCAGGUUUAUAUAAUUGGAGGUGAUGGAACUCAAAAGGGAGCAGCAGUUAUUUACCAGGAAAUAAGGAAACGCGGGCUUAAAGCUGUAGUGGCUGGGAUUCCAAAGACAAUCGAUAAUGAUAUCCCGGUGAUUGAUAAAUCAUUUGGAUUUGAUACUGCUGUUGAAGAGGCUCAACGUGCCAUUAAUGCUGCACAUGUUGAGGCAGAAAGUGCUGAAAAUGGCAUAGGAGUAGUCAAACUCAUGGGACGCUACAGUGGGUUCAUUGCAAUGUAUGCAACUUUAGCAAGUAGAGAUGUUGAUCUGUGUUUGAUUCCUGAAUCACCAUUUUUUCUUGAGGGAGAAGGAGGGCUUCUAGAAUAUGUUGAGAAACGUCUCAAGGACAAUGGUCACAUGGUCAUUGUUGUUGCAGAAGGUGCUGGUCAAGAACUUCUUGCAGCUGAAACCUUAAAUUCUGCAACUGCUCAAGAUGCUUCCGGAAAUAAACUUCUUCAAGAUGUUGGAUUAUGGAUUUCUGAUAAAAUCAAGAAACACUUUGCUCGACAGACGUCCAUGCCCAUUACUCUUAAAUACAUAGAUCCUACUUACAUGAUCCGAGCGGUUCCAAGUAAUGCAUCUGACAACGUGUACUGCACUCUCCUUGCUCAAAGUUGUGUUCACGGAGUCAUGGCCGGUUACACUGGCUUUGUGAGCGGGCUUGUUAAUGGUAGACAGACUUAUAUUCCAUUCAAUCGUAUCACUGAGAAGCAGAAUAAUGUUGUGAUAACGGAUAGAAUGUGGGCCAGGCUUCUGUCAUCCACCAAUCAACCCAGCUUUCUCAGGCCAAAGGAGGUUGAAGUCCAGAAACAGGUAGAAGCACAGACCAUUGAAGGAGAAAAUAGCAAGCCAAAUGACAUCUAAAAUCAAGAAACAAAAGAGGGAGAGGAUUUUAAGUAAUAUCAUUAUUAUGCACAAAAAUAACAACACUACAAACAUGCUUUGCUUUUUGUGGAUGUAAUUCCCCAAAUAUUUUCAAAACUCAGGAAUCUUCACUUUGAGUUGAGUAUUGGUAAUUAGUUGAGGUAUUAUUUGUUCUUGUCACUGAAUUUUUCUCUAUUUCAAGGGGCAACUGUUAAUUCAUGCAACUCUUCCACUUCGGUAUUAAAAAUAAUUGGCGAUUUGCCCUGUUUUGGUUGAAA